AUGUUGAACGCUACCCCUAGAUACAUCUUCAGCCACCGCUGGGGCUACAAGCAGAACGGACGAUGGUCCGGUAUGAUUAACGACUUGCAUACUGGCAAAGCUGACUUGGGUAAGCCUCUAUAUUGUAAAUCAUCACCUAUGCAUCUGACGUAUGUUAUUAAAGCCGUCAUGAUAAACGUUAAUUCCAAACUACCCACAAUCGUUCGUUUCAGAGUAAAUAGACACGCGAGGAUCCUUAAAGGGACUUUGUGGAAACCUAUGCGUCUGACGUAUGUGUUCUAUGAUUUAACAACAGGUACCAACUGCCUGGUCAAGGACAAGGAGCGUUUGGACGUGGUCAGUUACACUGACAUGAUGGCGCCGUUCCGCGUCAGGUUUGUGUUCCGUCAGCCACCGCUCUCGUACGUGUCCAACAUAUACUCAUUGCCAUUCUCCACCGCUGUCUGGGUCGCUAUACUUAUUUGUACAGCUGUAUCUACAGCUACCUUAUACGUGGAGAGCAAAUGGGAGAACACUGUCACCAAGAGUGCGACGCAAUUGAACGGCAGCUUUGGUGAUGCUUUAUUAUUAACUAUGAGCGCAGUUGGUCAACAAGGAUGCGUUCUAGAACCACAGAAAUAUUCAGGUCGAAUGGCAGCGUGGAUAUCUUUCGCUACUCUGAUGUUACUGUACGCGGCGUAUUCUGCCAACAUAGUGGUGUUACUUCAAGCUCCCUCUAACUCUAUACGUAACCUGGCGCAGCUCGCAGACUCCUCCAUCACAAUAGCCGCCAACGACGUCGACUACAACCACUUCGUGUUCAGUCAAUAUAACGACCCGGUUCGGAUGAAAAUUUAUAAAAAGAUUGAUCCAGAAAAAGGGAAGAGACAAUUCUACGACAUCAAAGAUGGAGUCGAAAGAAUAAGGCAGGGUCUAUUCGCGUUCCAUUCAAUAGUAGAGCCGGUCUACCGACGAAUCGAAGAGACCUUUAUGGAAAACGAGAAGUGCGACUUACAAGAGGUGGACUUUCUCAACGGGUUCGAUCCCUUUAUCCCUGUUAAGAAAGACUCUCCAUAUUUGGAACUGCUGCGAGUCACAUUCAAACAGAUCCGCGAGUCGGGUAUACAGAGCGCGGUGGUGGGCAGGUCUCACGUGCAUCGUCCGCUGUGCGGGGUGGGGCGGGGCGGAGCCGCCUUCACUAGCGCGGGCCUGCGGGACCUUAGCCCUGUACUGAUACUGAUGCUGUACGGUACAUGUGCCGCACUCGUCGCACUGCUACUGGAACACGCCGUCAGUCGCAGGUACUAA